UAACCAAAAAAAAAGGGCCUAUACAACAAGUGAACCGAUUGCGACACCGCACAUAGGACAAACCUCCCCUCCUCUUCUCCAAAUCCUUCUGCCGUCGGUCGUCGAAUCGAUAAUGCAAAGAUAAUUGAUAUGAGCAGAGAAGAGCUAGACAAUCCCAUGACAGUAAGACCAAAACCAGCAGCACUAGCUAUUGUAAAUAAUAAUAACGGUUACCACCGAGAUAAUGAAGAAGAAGGAGAGUCAAAGCUCGAACCAAACGUCGGGUUAGAGUUCGAUUCAGCUGAAGAAGCACAAGAAUUUUACAAUCUGUACGCAACAAAACUCGGAUUCAGAAUUAGAAUCGGUCAGCUUUAUCGGUCACGUGUUGAUGGGUCAGUUAUUUCUAGAAGAUUCGUGUGUUCAAAGGAAGGGUUUCAAACUACUUCCAGAACGGGCUGCCCAGCUUUUAUAAGAGUCCAAAAAGCCGAUUCUGGAAAAUGGGUUUUAGCUAAUGUUAAAAAGGAACACAAUCAUGAACUUGAAAGCUCAGGUGAGAUUUGUCCUUCCCGUAUACAAAGAAAAAAUAUUCCAAAUCCUAAAUCCUCUGUUGUUGUUGUUGUAUCGACUAGGACUGGACUUAGAUCAAUUGAUGAGGAUGGCCCAGGUCCAUCUGGGAUAAUUGAUCUUAAGCGUUUUAAAAGGGAAAAAAUUGAUGUAGAAUUACAGCCUAGAGGUAGUGAACCAUAUAAGGGACUUGAAUUUACUUCUGCUGGUGAAGCAUAUGAAUUUUAUAAUGCAUAUGCUUCUAAUUCCGGGUUUAAAGUCCGGAUUGGCCAGCUGUUUCGUUCGAAAAAUGAUGGGUCGAUUACCUCGCGAAGAUUUGUUUGCUCUAAAGAAGGCCAUCAACACCCGUCAAGAGUUGGGUGUGGCGCGUUCAUGAGGAUACAGAGACAAGAUACGGGACGAUGGUUGGUUGAUCGUUUUCAAAAUGAGCAUAAUCAUGAACUUGGCCUGCCCGCUGAUGCUAGUGGGAGAGUAAAAGGAUUUAAAGAAGAAGCGAGCACUGUGUUGGAGAAUAUGGAUUUAGUUGAAUUAAAUGGUGGCCUUAGCCUUGUUACACGAGGCCGGGAGAGUAGAAUUGGGAGUGAUUGGUAUAAUGAGCUUUUUGAGUAUUUUCAGGCUAGGCAAGCAGACGAUAUGGGAUUUUUUUAUGCAGUGGAGAUGCAUAAUGGUAGAGCUAUGAGUGUAUUCUGGGCUGAUGCCCGGUCUAGAUUUUCUUGCACUCAAUUUGGUGAUGCAGUUGUUUUUGACACGACAUAUAGAAAGGGGGGUAGUUACUCAGUGCCACUUGCUUCAUUCAUUGGGAUUAAUCACCACAGGCAGCCCGUGCUUCUUGGCUGUGCCUUAAUUGCGGAAGAGUCUGAAGAGUCAUUUACUUGGGUGUUUCAAGCAUGGCUUCGCGCAAUGUCAGGGCGCCAUCCUGUCUCUAUAGUCGCUGAUCAGGACAGAGCCAUUCAACAUUCAAUUGCUCAAGUUUUCCCAGGAACACAUCAUCGUUUUUCUGCAUGGCAACUUAAGGCUACGGAGCAGGAAAAUAUUGGUGAAUUGCUCUCUAUGAAUCCUGAAUUUAAGUAUGAAUAUGAAACUUGUAUUUUCCAGAGCCAGACGGCUAAUGAGUUUGAAGCAGCAUGGAAUGUGCUAGUUAACAAAUAUAAUUUAAGAAAGAACACAUGGUUAAUGGAGAUGUAUAGGAUGCGCAAGAGUUGGGUGCCUUUACACAUCAGGGGCACAUUCUUUGCUGGCAUUCCAAUGGACGGAAGCUUGAAAUCAUAUUUUGGCACCAUAUUGACAUCUCAAACACCACUCAAUGAAUUUCUUAUACGGUACCAAAAAGCCCUUGAGCAACGCCGCGAAGAGGAAAGGAAAGAGGAUUUUAACUCGUUCAAUUUACAAGCAGUUCUGCACACGAAGGACCCUAUAGAAGACCAGUGUAGAAGGCUUUACACUAUUACUAUGUUCCAAGUGUUUCAAAAAGAGCUUUUGGAGUGCUAUAGCUUUGUUGGAAUUAAGAUAAAUGUUGAAGGUGCCAUUAGUAGGUAUCUGGUGCAGAAGAGUGGGAGUGGAGAUGAGAGGAACACAGUUGCCUUUAAUGCCUCGAAUCUUAAUGUCAGUUGCAGUUGUAAAAUGUUUGAGUUUGAAGGUGUGCUGUGUAGACAUGCGUUGAAAGUUUUUCAGAUUAUGAACGUAAGGGAGCUUCCGUCUCGCUAUAUCCUACAUCGCUGGACAAAGGAUGCAAAAUAUGGUAUACUACGGGAUGUUGAUUCAGGGGGUGCUUCUCAAGAUCAUAAGGCAUUGAUGUUGUGGAGCUUAAGAGAAGAAGCAAAGAACUACAUUGAGGCAGGAACAGCAUCUUUAGAAAGAUACAAACUUGCGUUUGAGAUCAUGCAGGAGGGUAGAAGAAAUCUUUGUUGGCAAAACUAGGGAAGUACGUGGUAUAACAAACAUAGAUCAGAGGUCAGAGACUUUUGGCCAUCUUGAAAAGUGAUAGCCUUGCAGAACAUUGAAGCCAAUGUCAAAUUUUUGAUGAUCAACUUGUGCAAUCUUGUCGCAGUCUGUUGUACCAACAAUUUUGGUAAAUUCCAGAGCUUUCAAGCCUUGCUGCAUAUUUUGGAUUAGACCAGAGUUGCCAAUGAUAAUUCAAACAUUGUUGAUGCCACCGAAAAGUGAGCCUUCCUCAAGCAAACAAAUCAUCAUAUGGCUAAUUUUCUUUCUCAACCACAAA